AUGAGCGUCGGCGUGAAAGUUAACGCGGGCGCGAGUGGGUGGGCGAUGAACCUCUCCCUUGAGCCAUCCGACUCCUCCACAACACUCUCCGGCGACAACGCCACGUCCGUCACCACAGCAGCUGAGGCACGGAGGAGUUUGCUCAGCGCCGACGAGCGUGGGGCGCGCCUGCUUGAACUGGUCGGAGGCCCAGUCCGUCCCUUCAGUUCAUGGCAUUGGCGUGAGGCAAAGUUUUUUACGGAUCUGCGUGAGGCUCAGGAAGCAAAGGAGUCCCCUACGACGCCGUACCCGCCAAUGGGAGCCGAGAUAGGUUCGGCGCAGGCACUGGCAGCGCACGACGCUCCGCAGAUUCAUUCGCCUUCUGCUCGCAACUUCAACUGUACGGCUUCGGGGCUCUCCUGUGAAGAGCUUAAUGAUGCUUUAUCUGCCUUUUUGCAGCCUGACCCUUUGUCCCCUGUAAGUGCGGCUUUGAAGGUGCUUACCCCCCUGCUUGACAACUACACCAUCCCCAUCACGCGUCAGGGACCCGAGUACUUUAACAGUUCCACUCAGGCAAGUGUGGCGUCACUCUGCAUUAUCAUGGUGGGGCUUCCUGCGCGGGGUAAAACAUUUUUGGCGCAGAAAAUCUGUAGGCUGCUGGGAUGGCACGGCUGCCGAGCGAAGGUAUUGAAUAUUCAGGUGGUAUGGCGACGUCUGUUAAUGGAAUACAAGAAGUGCCGUCAGUCUUCCGAUACUCCCGCCGGUUUAUCAUCUGAUGGCCUCGUGUCUUCGCCCAGAUGUGCCCUUCCUGAAACUGAUAAGUCGCCGGAAAAAUCACAGGGCCCAGCGUGCUGCAACGUUGUAAGAGACACACCAAUAAGUGUGGAGCAAACAAGUACAGCAGACCCUAACGCCUUGCCAUCGCCUGGAAUCUCCUCAUCGACAGUGGAGGCGUCACGGCAAACGGAUUACGUAUGCGCAGAGCACUUUCGGUCACUUAUUUGUGACCCGGAUAGUGUCGAACGUCGUCUUUAUCGAUGCGUACUCGGGCGCUGCCUUGUUGAUGCGAAGGCCUUUUACGCGAAUGGUGGAGAGGUGCUUGUUGUGAACGAUGACUUCCCUACAGAGGAGUUGCGAGAUGAGGCGGAGGCACUUUUUUCGCCGCUAGCCUCGCAGACGUUUUUUAUGGAGGUCAUUCGAAGCCAUCAGAUGAGCCAGAAGUUUAAUGAGUUAAAGGUGAAGGAUAGCUCCGAGUACCCGCAUGACGUGGCUGCGACGGAGGCUCAACAGGACUUUGCACGCCGCGUUGAGUACCUUAGUGAGGUCUACACAACCCUCACCUCGACGUCUAGUAGUCAGGGGGGAUCCCCUGAAGAUAUGAUGACACCGAUCGAGGGGUCACAUGAUAAUGCCAUGGGACUAGAUAAACGAAAGUGCGGAAAACAACGUGAGAAGAGGUACAUAAAGUUACGAAAUUUAAUGGAUAUUGAAGUCCGUGGCGUGACGGGUUACACAGCCAGUCGUAUUGUCUCGUAUGUCAUGAGUCUAACCCAGCAAAAAGUACGGCAUCCCAUUUUUUUUGUUCGACACGGAGAGUCGCUAUAUAACCUGGAGGAUCGCAUCGGCGGAGACUCCGCCUUGAGCCCUAAUGGAGAAAAAGGGGCCAAUGAAAUACUAGGCUUCUUGGCCUCCCUGAAGGAGUACUGCGCCGCAGGGGCAAACAAAAAGGCGGGCAGGGAAGGCCGCCUCGACGCCUCGGAUGGAAAAACGUGUGCUGCAAGAAGUAGUGAAGACAAGGGCAGAGGUGAAAGACGGGGCCAGUUGGAGCUUUGGACGAGUCAGCUGCGCCGUGCGAUUCAGACCGUAGAGAACGGUGAACAGCUGCUGGGAAUCAAAACUGUGCGCUGGAGCAGCCUCAACGAGAUUCACGCUGGCGUUUGUGAGGAACUUACGUAUGCGGAGGUGCGGGAGCGGCACCCGCUGAUUGAUCAUUUUCGCAAUGUCAACAAGUACACCUUCCGCUACCCAGAGGGGGAGAGCUAUCAGGACUUGGUGCUGCGACUGGAGCCGGUGAUUAUGCAGCUUGAAAAUGCCGACUGCGUCGUCGUUGUCGUCGCGCAUCGUGCCGUUCUACGGGCGCUGCUUGCGUACUUUGGCAGCACAUCCGCGGAAAGCUGCGUGCGGCUGGACGUGCCGCACCGCACUGUCUGGCGCUGCACAUACAACAGCAAAGGAAUCGCCUCACUGGAUGAGCUGAAGUUUGCUCUGCAGUGA